AUGACAGUGUCAGCUGCGCCAGAAGCUGUGCUCUCUCACCUGCCGCGAGCAGAUGGUUCCGCGACCUACUCCUACGCGGGCUACACAAUCACGGCGUCCGCCAACGGCCCCAUCGAGGCCCAGAGGCGGGAUGAGGAUCCUUACAGAGCUCUCGUCGAUGUCAUCGUACGACCAGCGGCAGGGGUUGGAGGCACUAGGGAACGGCACCUGGAAUCCAUCUUGGAAUCUUCACUUCGCCAGCUCAUUCUUGUGAAUAGCUUCCCUCGUGGUCUCAUCCAGGUCGUACUCCAGAUCAGGACCACGCCUGAAAAUGAAUAUGUCAACACGAAACUUGUUCAGGCCCACCUGAACCUACCUGUCAUCCCGGCACUGCUACAAACCGCCGUCUUGGCUCUCUUAUCAGCAGCCGUCCCCUUGAAAGCUACGGCUACAUCUGCCAUCGUUGCUGUUCUGGCUCGGGACGAUGCCAAGGAGAUGAUUGUUGAUCCCACUCCUCGUCAAAUCGAGGAAGCCCUGUCUACUCAUGUGCUUGCAUUCACCUCUCACGAUGAUUUGUUGUUAGUUGAGAGCGAAGGAGACUUCUCCAUGCAGGAAUGGGAGAAGGUCCACGCGGCGGCUCAGACUGUCUGCUGCCGACCAACAAAGAAGGCCGGCGUCGACAUGGUGUUGGACGACGAGCAGCAUGCUACAAACGAUAUGCGACAGUUUCUCCGGACCACUAUGGAAGGCAAGAUUGCCGCCGACCUUCAUUGGAAGUGA